AGCAUUUCUUUUUCGGCUUGCGCUUGUUUCUCAUUUUCCCAGCGCGAGGGAGCACUUUGCGAUGGACACCCGCAGCAGUGCCAGCGGCGGCGGCGGUGGCGCCGCCGGCGGCGGCCCUCCCAAGCAUCUGCGCCAGAGCCUGUGCCGUGGGUCCCUCCUCCUCGUGGCGGUGCUGGGCUACGCCGGCAACUGGCUCUACCCGAGCGACGACCUCUCGCAGAUCUGCGAGGCGCUGCCGUGGUUCUUGGACAACCCUCCGGCAGUGACGGUCCCGACCGAGGGGAACGUGCGAGCCUUCAUGCGGGCCUGCAAGCAGGUGUUCCCGACACUGUCCGAGCCUAUGAGGACCAGACUGAGGAUCCUCGCGGUGCAUCAGCACGGCAGGCUGGACGACGCGUUGCCCUGUCCAGAGUUCUGCCCGCCCUUCUGCCUAGACCACGUGCCGAAAGCAGACCCCGCGGUCUGCGCCUCGGGCUUCCCGAAGAAGAAGGACGAGCACAUCGGCAAGGAGGACCUCCACUUCUACAACCAGCACGGCAUUCGGCCACUUCAGGCCCGCCGCAUCGAGCCUCACCAGAUCCUGGAUGCGUGGAAGGCGGGCGAGGUCGCGACGUUCGAUGCGCGGACAGAAGCUGCUUCCAGAGCACCUUUUCGGCAUCAGCAUCCAAGACAUCGCCACCAAGCUCGGGGACAAGGAGCGCACGAUAUUCCGUUCAACGUCCGAUUAUUUUACGGCGCUGAACCGCUUGUGCCUGGCUCGCACUUCGCGCACAAGGAUCCGAGUCCCUGCGAGGACGCGAUGCGCUUGUUCAAGAAGUACCAGAGAAUAUACGGCUCGCGCUCGAUGUUCACACGUCUCAUGAGGCUCUUUUGGGUGCCCUGGACUCUGUGGAGAACGUGCUACAAGGAAAUCUCGCUAGCAAAGGUAGCCGAGCUCUCCAAGAACUUUGAUACAACGCCCCUCCACUACAGCCCCACCAACGCCACAGCGUUUGCCACUGAGGCAGCGGACUUCAUUCCCCGUCUGGCUUCGAACCGUGGCUUGGGGAAUUCGAACCUCCAUUACAAGAAGAUUCCCCAGCUCUUGGAAGGCAUAGAUAUGGCGAAGAAGAUCGGCAUUCAAGAUAUGGUCAUCGGCACCCACACGUACUGGUGGUUCGGCAUAUCUGGAGGGGACUUCCACCCUGACGCCCAGGACAAUUUCCUUAUCCAGCUCACCGAAAAAAUAGAGGCAAUCAUCAUUCCUCCGAAUUGUUCCAGCCUGGUUUUUAUGAACCACUUCAACAAGCACCCAGAGCUCAGAGGCGCGCCGGAGUUCUACAUGGAGCAGAAGCAGGUGCCCUUUUAUCACGUGACCCUGCAACCAGGGUAUGGUGUCCUGAUUCCAAGCCGUGCGGCACAUAGAAUCAUCUCCGGUUCGAGCCAGCGCGUCGGGCUGAACUUCUUCUUCGAGCCGAAGUUCGGAGAGAUGGUGUGGGGCGGCUCGCCGCACAACUUCUACAACAUGCAGAACCCCAACGUCGCCGUGCUGCGGGAGCUGUGGAUGAGGGCGCUUUCGAGGAUGUUCGACGACACUGGAAGGGUGAUGGCCAUGCACACGUCGAAGCUAGAGUACUUGUGAGGCUGGCCGAGGUUGGGGCUCACCGCCACGGGCAGCGGGCAUGGGGGGCCUCUCGUGCGGGGCCCGCGGUCCCCCGAGCGCCGUGGUGCGCGGGGCCGGGCGGCCAAACAGCGGACUGCUCUGCUUCCCCCCCCCGACCUCAGAAGAGUUCGGCAGCAAAA